AUGUCGGGUAUCAGCGAGCGCAUGCUGCAGCUGAACAUGGCUCUGACCCAAAACGGGACACCAGCCACGCCUCAUCUCCGUCAAGCGCGGAUCAAACGGAAAAACAGCCCUACAGACAUCAGCCACUUAGUAUUUGGUCCACAACCCGGGAAGAAGCAUCAAUUGUGGAUCACAGAUCGUAUCAUGGAACCUCAGACAAUUCCUCACUUCUUUGAGUUUCUCAUGAAUGGCGAAUUACCUGGUGAUCGUAAAACUUCUCGUCCUUUGCUUACUGUUGAGGAGGUCAAGAACUUGACUAGACCUGCUUCGGAGUGGGCGCCUGCUCCACUUCAUCGACAGGCGAGAUCGACUGGGGAGUGGAUUGGGAUCAGAAUUGGUUCGUAUGAAGACAGUUCGAGACUCUGGCCUAUUGCGAAAGAGCUUCAUGCUAUGAAGUCGAGGCUUUGGGAAGGAGUGCCGCCGAUAUCUGAGAGGCGAUGGCAAGAGUUGGGGCUCGAUCAUUCCGAUAGAUUCCGCGAAGCUUGUCGUUACUUUGUCGCGGUUAUCAAUGUCUUUAUCUACCUGAACACCAAGCGCACCAAGGCGGCUCUGCGAAAGACAUAUAACUUGAUCUGGGACCAUCUCAGUGUGUUUGAGAAGGCAGUUAACGCCAAGAGGAAAGCGGAAGCAGAGGAUGGCAUGUAUGAGCACGUAUCUGUCACUGGUCUCUGGUACGAGUUCAUCAGAGCGCAAUACGACUCCAUCUGCGAGAAUGCGCACCACUGGAUCAUCGAGCACAUUGAUCGCAUACGAGAGUCGAUUGUACAAGAACUCGCGCUGCAUCAACCAGAUCACCCGGAUCACUAUAGCGAUAAACAAUGGGAGCUCACAAACAAGCUCCACGACCUUGCCGAAAACACCUCUCAGGCUGAUUACACAAUCAUGAUGCCCACAGACGGGUACAAGGGAGAUAGUCUCCCAGUGAAAGAGGACGAUUGUCUUACAGAAGCUCAUGGUGGAGGCUUUCGCACAGAAGCUAUCAGCUGGUCCGCGAAUCUAUCAUGGCGAGCUUCUGACUACACCAAGCGAGUCAGAUAUCUUGACCGGAAGGAGAUGUAUAGCCACUUGGAUCACGAGGACAUGAGACCACUUCGGGGCUCGGGGAGGAUUACUGACCCAGCGGGUAUGGUUAUAUCGGCCAUUAGUCAGAUUGACGCCCAGACUAUGGCUAGGGAAGAACUACGAGGGCUCCCGAAUCAUCCCGACUUUGUGCCGUGGAUUGAGUAUGCUCGGAGAAGGUCGAAUAAAGGUUUGGGCUUUGUGGCGUAUAGGUUGUGUCAUGGGUAUAGUCCUGAGAAGUGGGAUAUGUUCAAGGUCAAGUUCGAGGCUGACAUUUGUGAUUGGGGACGAGGGACGGUGGGUAUUAAUGAUGUACGCAAGGCGUGCAAGAUCCACUGGAUCGAUGGGCAGGAGAAGGAUAUCGCGGAUGAUGAUAUCGAAGCUGCCAAGAAGUAA